CGUGUUUAGUGUUCACCCUCAAAACCCUGUGACGAAGAAUUCGCGCCUUUCCGCAGCGUAGUGGGUGAUGUGUAAAAUGGAAACUGCUACUUCGACGACGACGAUGGCGGACGUUCACCAUGACCGCCAUGUAUUGAAACAACCGACCAAGGUACUGUUGACGCUUAGCAACGUACUGUUGCCCAAGGAAAAGCUCACGUCCACGCCGUCGAUGAUCGAUGGGUUAGAUUUAGAGACUGAAGUCGACCUAAGGAUCGUUGGCUGUGAGUGGAUUCAGACCGCUGGCAUACUGCUCAAACUGCCCCAGGUUGCAAUGGCAACUGGACAAGUGUUGUUUCAGCGAUUUUACUACACAAAAUCUUUUGUUCGCCACCCAAUGGAAAUAACUGCAAUGGCAUGUACAUGUUUAGCUUCUAAAGUCGAAGAAUCACCGAGACGUAUUCGUGAUGUCAUAAAUGUUUAUCAUCAUAUCCGUCAAGUUUUAAAUCAAAAAUUGAUUACGCCGUUGGUCCUUGAUCAAAAUUAUGUACAGAAAAAGACGCAGGUAAUAAAAGCGGAACGACGCGUGCUCAAGGAGCUUGGCUUUUGCGUGCAUGUUAAACACCCACAUAAACUCAUUGUCAUGUACCUACAGGCACUUGGAUUUGAGAAACACCAGUCAAUAAUGCAGAUGUCCUGGAACUACAUGAAUGAUUCAUUGCAAACUGAUGUAUUUGUCCAGUUUGAUCCAGAAACUAUUGCUUGUGCCUGUAUUUAUUUGUCGGCCAGGAAAUUACAAAUACCAUUACCAAAAAGUCCAGCAUGGUACUCUUUAUUCAAUUCAAAUGAAAUGGACAUCCAGGACAUCUGUCGUAAAAUACUUAAACUUUAUAUGAGACCUAAAGUUAUCACAGAAGACUUGGAAAGGAGAGUGGAAGAGUUGAAGAAAGAAUAUGAUCAUGCUAAGGAGAAAGCUAGAGCAGCUAUUGUGCAUCCAGUAGUUCAAACAGAAGUUGUUGCACCUCCUCCUACUAAUGGAAUAACUGCUGUUGCCACUGAAAAUAUUAGUUCAACCACCCCAAAUAAAAAACCAAUUAAAAAAAGAAGUAGAAGUAGAACACCUUCAGAAACCAAGUCUGGAAGUAGAAGUCCAAGACAUUUAAAGAAAUCCAAAAAAAGAAAUCAUGAGCGAUCUCGUUCCAAAUCAAUAUCAGAUAGAAGAACUCAUAAACACCACCGAAAAUCAAAUAAAACCCGUAAACGAUAUUCAAGUUCGUCCUCUGGUUCAUCUAGUUCUUCAGGAUAUCGUCGUCAUAAAUCGUCAACCACUAAUAAAUUAGUACCUACUUACAGAGACUACAAAGAUUACAGAGAUUAUAGGGGCGAUGAAAAUUAUAAAUCCAAGUCUAGGAGUUACAACUAUUGGAAAAAAUACUAUAGCUAUGAAUAGCUUAACUACAAUUCUACUUAUAUUUUACAAUGUAUUAAAAUGUGUAAUAUUAAAACGUUUCUUGGUUUUUGUUAUUCAAACCACAUGCAUUUUUUAUAGAUGUUUAUUAAUACAUUACAAUGUAUAGAAAUACAUUGUUUUUUCAUUAUUUUCAGACAGGGUUUACUCACUAUGUUAAAGACAUUAAUUGUACAUAUUAAUGUAAACUGUAGGAGAAAGUAAAUAUAUUUAUUUUUCAUUUUUACCUGUACCAUCCUAAUGUUAAAAAAAAUUAUAAAUUAAAUAACUUUUAAGUGUAGCUCUUGUAUGACUAGAUUUAAAAAAUGAUUAAUAAAAAAACUGUGAUAUACAAAUUUAUUAUGUAUAAUUUGAAAUUUUACGUCUUGUGUACUUUGUGUGGAUGAGUCAUAGAUUUGGCCGGUCCUUCUUAAUGUUAUAUUGUAAAUAAUGAUAAUUCAUAAUAAAUGCCCAAAACAUAAGAUAAUGUUA